GUGAGUUUCCUUGGUUCUCAAUGACAUGACCCAGGAUAGUUGCUUCAGAAAAACAGCGCCAGUCUGAACAAGACUCAUUACCCUUAGAGGGAAUAAAACUGGUCUUGAUAUUCUCCAGUGUAUCAGCACCAUUUGUAGAAUGGGAGACAUGAGAGAGACGCUGGGGGUCAUGAGACAGACGAUUUGCCCCGGUUCGAGGACUCCGUCCGAUGAGGACUUGAAGGCCCCGAGCGGCGAGAAAGUCGAGAAGAUGCAGAUGAAAAGAGAAAUUUCCCUCAUCAACGGGAUCUGUCUCAUCGUGGGCAAUAUGAUUGGCUCAGGGAUCUUUGUCUCACCGAAGGGCGUUCUGAUGUACAGCGCCUCCUACGGGCUAUCUCUUGUCAUUUGGGCACUCGGUGGCAUCUUCUCUGUGUUUGGGGCCCUGUGCUACGCAGAACUGGGCACAACCAUUACCAAGUCCGGCGCCAGCUACGCCUACAUCCUGGAGUCAUUUGGCGGGUUCCUGGCCUUUAUUCGUUUGUGGACGUCCAUCCUGCUGAUUGAACCGGCCAGCCAGGCUGUGAUCUCACUGACCUUUGCAAACUACCUGGUGGAGGCCAUCUACCCCACCUGCCAGCCUCCAUAUGAUGCCGUACGCCUCAUAGCUGCUGCCUGCCUUUCCAUGCUCAUCUUCAUCAACUGUGCCUAUGUGAAGUGGGGAACUAUUGUCCAAGACCUCUUCACCUACACCAAGCUCAUGGCACUCUUCCUCAUUAUCAUCAUAGGGAUCCUGAAAAUAUCAGUUGGAGAGACAAAGAACUUUGAGAAUCCGUUUGAGGGAUCCUCCACAGAGCUCGGUAGCAUAGCUCUGGCGCUCUACUCCGCGCUCUUCUCCUAUUCUGGUUGGGAUACCCUCAACUUUGUGACGGAAGAGAUUCAGAAUCCAGUGAGGAAUCUGCCCCUAGCCAUUGCUAUCUCCAUGCCCAUAGUGACCAUCAUCUACCUGCUGACCAAUGUGGCAUACUAUGUGGUUUUGGAUAUGCCCUCCUUGCUGGGGAGCGACGCUGUGGCUGUGACAUUUGGAAAUUUGGUCCUUGGGCCAUUCAAGUGGAUCAUUCCAAUUUCAGUCGCCAUGUCCUGCUAUGGAGGACUUAACGCAUCCGUCAUUGCUGCCUCACGGCUGUUUUUUGUUGGCGCGAGAGAAGGCCACCUCCCUAACAGUCUGAGUCUAAUUCAUCUGGAGCGCUUCACACCAAUACCCGCACUUCUAUUCAAUGGUUUAAUGGGUCUGAUCUUCCUGUGUGUGGAGGAUGUGUUCCAGCUCAUCAACUAUUUCAGCUUCAGUUACUGGCUCUAUGUGGGCUUAUCAGUGGCCGGCCUCAUCUACCUCCGCAUCAUCCAGCCAGACAGGCACAGGCCUGUCAAGCUGACCCUGUUCUUCCCCAUCAUCUACUGUCUGUGCAGCCUGUUCCUAGUCAUUGUCCCUCUGUACGCGGACACCAUCAAUUCCCUCAUAGGAAUCGGUAUCGCUCUAUCUGGUGUACCCGUCUACUAUGUAGCCAUUUAUCUGCCUGAAGAGAGGAGGCCAAAAUUCCUCGGCAGGCUAAACGCCCUUGCCACCAAAUACACACAGGUCCUGUGUUACUGCUGCCUGGCUGAACUGGACACUGAGCUGGAAACACUAGCAGACAGCAAAAGUCAUUGAGCCAUUACUGCUCUCAGACAAACCCCACCCCGUCCCCACCCCCGUCCUGGCCAUCUGGCGGAGGCCUCUAUCCCACCCAUGAAUGGAUAUGCACAUACCGGGAGCACAGAACAUAUUAUAGGGCCUUUAAUGGAUAGCGUGGCAAAUAACAGGCUUCACCCCUUUGCCACUGGGUAUUUGUGAGGAUUUUAAUACUCAUGCCAAGUCAGGUUAAAGAAGGCCUGCCAUCUCUGAUGUCUUGAGAUGAAGAACAGAUAUUUGAAAAACUAUGACUUGUUGGUUUCUUUUGUGAACAUUUUUAAAUACGAAAUUCCUAAGGGGUCAUGCAAUAUUUUUUGCAAAAGUCCUAAGACUUUUGCAAAUCUUUCACAAAACUCUCACCACCCAGCAGCACCUUGCUCAAGAACAACUUGAAGGCAUACUCCAUUCACUUUAAAUGCUAUAUGACA